AUGGGGAAUGUAUGUGUUCAUAUGGUCAACAAUUGUGUGGAUUCGAAAUCGAGUUCAUGGGUUCGUCCCACAGAUCUCAUCAUGGAUCAUCCAACGAAGCCUCAGCUCCAAGACAAGCCUCCUAACCAAAUGCUGAUGCUCAAGGAUGAUGAUAAACCCAAGCUUGACACUCACGGAGACCCUAAAUUACUCGAGCACAAGCAAACGAGUGUUUCAAACUCUGUUCACCGUUCUCAUCAGGAACAAGAAGGGAACAAGAGUGAAGAAGAAGAGAAGAGGAAGCGAGCGAUUGCGUGUGGGAACAGCAAAAGAAGAGCUCACAACGUGAGGAGACUGAUGAGUGCAGGUUUGCAGGCAGAGUCGGUUCUAAAGACGAAGACAGGGCAUUUGAAAGAGUACUAUAACUUGGGGAGCAAGUUAGGUCACGGGCAGUUUGGGACGACGUUCGUGUGUAUAGAGAAAGGAACAGGGGAGGAAUACGCUUGCAAGUCGAUCCCGAAGAGGAAGCUAGAGAACGAAGAAGACGUGGAAGAUGUGAGAAGAGAGAUUGAGAUAAUGAAACAUCUCGUAGGGCAACCGAAUGUCAUCUCAAUCAAAGGAGCUUAUGAGGACUCAGUCGCUGUUCACAUGGUGAUGGAGCUGUGCAGAGGAGGUGAGCUUUUCGAUAGGAUAGUGGAGAGAGGACAUUACUCUGAGAGGAAAGCUGCUCAUUUAGCUAAGACUUGUCAUUCUUUAGGUGUGAUGCAUAGAGAUCUUAAACCUGAGAACUUUCUCUUCGUCAAUGAUGAUGAGGAUUCGCCUCUUAAGGCUAUUGAUUUCGGGUUAUCUAUGUUCCUCAAGCCUGGAGAAAACUUGACGGAUAUUGUUGGAAGUCCUUAUUACAUUGCGCCUGAAGUUCUUAACAAGGAUUACGGUCCAGAAGCUGAUAUUUGGAGCGCCGGUGUGAUGAUUUACGUGCUACUCUCUGGCUCAGCUCCGUUUUGGGGAGAAACGGAAGAAGAGAUCUUCAAUGAGGUUCUGGAGGGUGAGCUUGAUUUGUCAUCAGAUCCUUGGCCACAAGUCUCUGAAAGUGCAAAAGAUUUGAUCAGAAAGAUGCUAGAAAGAAACCCCAUGAAAAGACUCACUGCUCAAGAAGUCUCGUGCCAUCCAUGGAUUAGGGAUGAAGGAAAUGCACCAGAUACACCGCUUGACACAACUGUAAUAAAUCGUUUGAGGAAGUUCUCAGCAACAGACAAGCUCAAGAAGAUGGCUUUAAGGGUGAUAGCAGAAAGGCUUUCCGAAGAAGAUAUUCAAGGGAUUAGAGAAGCCCUUAUAGUUAUAGACAGUGAGAAGAGCGGGCGAGUAACUUAUAAAGAACUCAAAAGCGUUCUUGAAAGAUUCAAUGCAAAUCUUGAUAACUCUGACAUAAGUGGUCUUCUGCAAACGCCUACGGAUGUGCAUUUGGAAGACACAGUAGACUACGAGGAAUUCAUAAGGGCGAUUGUAAGACUGAAACAAUUACAAGACGAGGACGCAGAUGAUCGGUUAGAUUCAUCGGCAAAAGUGUAA